CAAGGCCGGCUGAGGGCGGGCUGAAGCGGGAAGUCCCGGACGUGAGGCAUGAGCGGCGCCCUCACCCGGUGGGCUCGAGUCCUGCCGCCUCCCGGAACGAGGGGAGCGCGACGCGGGGCCUAGCGGCGUGCAUCGGGAGCCCUCGGCGUUUGCUGGGGUGCUGCGACCGCGCCGAAGAGGGCAGCGGCCGCCAUGGAGGUGAGCGGGCCGGAAGACGACCCUUUCCUGUCGCAGAUGCGCCAAGUGCAGUGCCCCGUGUGCCAGCAGAUGAUGCCCGCGGCACACAUCAAUUCACACCUGGACCGCUGUCUGCUGCUUAAUCCCGCUGGGCACGCGGAGCCCGCGGCGCGGCCCCACCGCGCGGGAGAGCGGCCCACGGGGCUCUCGCCGCCGAGUACCAAGAGGCGGCGGCUCUCCGAGAGCUCAGCACUGAAGCAGCCUGCCACCCCGACGGCGGCCGAGAGCAGCGACGGGGAGGAAGGCGACGACGGCGGUGAGACCGAGAGCCGAGAGAGCUACGACGCGCCGCCCACGCCCAGUGGCGCCCGCCUAAUCCCGGACUUCCCAGUAGCGCGCUCCAGCAGCCCGGGGAGGAAGGGCUCAGGGAAGAGGCCCGCCGCUGCGGCUGCCGCGGCCGCCGGUAGCGUGUCUCCGCGCAGCUGGGAGGAGGUGGAGGCACCGGAGGAAGAAGAAGCGGUGGGCGGUGGUGAUGCGGACGCUGAUGCCGAUGGCGAAGACGACCCAGCUCACUGGGAUGCAGACGCCGCUGUUUUUGGGGCCUGCGGCGGAGCCCGCCCGCACUCAAGGGCGCUGGCGGCGGAGGAGAUUCGGCAGAUGCUGGAAGGCAAGCCGCUGGCCGACAAGAUGCGUCCGGACACGCUUCAGGACUACAUUGGGCAGAGCAGAGCUGUGGGGCAAGAGACCCUGCUCAGGUCCCUCCUGGAGACGAACGAAAUCCCCUCGCUCAUCUUUUGGGGGCCGCCCGGCUGCGGCAAGACCACCCUGGCUCACAUCAUAGCCAACAACAGCAAAAAACACAGCAUAAGGUUUGUGACAUUGUCUGCAACAAAUGCCAAGACAAAUGAUGUACGAGAUGUCAUAAAACAAGCUCAAAAUGAAAAGAGCUUUUUCAAAAGGAAAACCAUACUCUUUAUUGAUGAGAUUCAUCGGUUCAAUAAAUCUCAGCAGGACACGUUUCUUCCUCACGUGGAAUGUGGGACAAUCACUCUCAUUGGGGCAACCACGGAAAACCCAUCCUUCCAAGUCAAUGCUGCUCUUCUGAGCCGCUGUAGGGUUAUUGUUCUUGAGAAGCUUCCAGUAGAGGCAAUGGUAACUAUUUUAAUACGAGCAAUCAACUCACUGGGCAUCCAUGUCCUUGAUUCCAACCAUCCUACUGACUCUUUGAGCCACAGCAGCAACAGCAGCUCUGAGCCCUUCGUAUUCAUAGAGGAUAAAGCAGUAGACACUCUGGCUUAUCUCAGUGAUGGAGAUGCCCGAGCUGGAUUGAAUGGACUGCAGCUGGCAGUACUGGCCCGGUUAAGCUCUAGAAAGAUGUUUUGUAAGAAGAGUGGGCAAACCUAUUCUCCCAGUAGAGUUCUGAUCACUGAAAAUGAUGUGAAGGAAGGCCUCCAGAAAUCUCACAUUUUGUAUGAUCGAGCAGGAGAAGAACAUUACAACUGCAUCUCUGCACUUCAUAAGUCGAUGCGGGGCUCAGACCAGAGUGCCUCCCUCUACUGGCUGGCACGCAUGCUUGAAGGAGGAGAGGACCCACUGUAUGUGGCAAGGAGGCUUGUGAGGUUUGCCAGUGAGGACAUAGGUCUGGCUGACCCAUCUGCACUAACACAAGCAGUUGCUGCCUACCAAGGCUGUCAUUUUAUAGGCAUGCCUGAAUGUGAGGUGCUUCUGGCCCAGUGCGUAGUCUAUUUUGCCAGAGCUCCAAAGUCUAUUGAGGUGUAUAGCGCCUACAACAAUGUCAAAGCCUGCCUGCGAAACCACCAGGGGCCUCUGCCCCCAGUCCCACUGCAUUUGAGGAAUGCGCCAACCAGGCUGAUGAAGGAUUUGGGCUACGGCAAGGGCUACAAGUACAACCCCAUGUAUAGUGAACCCGUGGACCAGGAAUACCUACCGGAGGAAUUGAGAGGAGUGGAUUUCUUUAAACAAAGGCGAUGCUGACUCUUAUGCUAUGACAGUGGAAGAAUGUUACUUUUCUUUCCCCCUCCCCUUUCUUAAUAGGAAUGGCCAGAAAGAGAGUAAAUGGACUGUGACGUUGGUUAUCUGGUGGGAGUUAAAACAAACCAACUUUUUGUACCAGAAACUUGAGAGUUCCUUAGGUGAAGGCACAGUUACUUCAAAAUGUGGAAUGUUGAAAUUGUGUUCAUUUGCACUCUGCAGUGGUUAUGCUUAUGAAAGUAUCUGGCAGCUUUGUGCAAUGAAUUAAUGUUAUAAGGAAUUAUCUAUUUUGUCAAAGUAUUUAAGUCAUAAUGUCACUUCAGAAUUCAGUUCUGUAGGAUUUUUUUUCUUUAAAAAUGUAUAUUCUGGGUAGUUUUAAUUGGUAAAAAAAUUAAUUGUGAUUUAAUACUGCAUAGUGUUUGGGGUAUUUUUUUUAUAUGCAGAGGUCUUACAAGCCAAUAAAACUAUUUCACAGUACUCUUAAAUUUUCUCAUGUUUUUCCCACCUUGGUUUUCUAGGUUCCCAUGUCUCACUCUCACACUGUAGUCGGUAAAUACUGUGAAAGGAAAAUUAUGAUAGGUGAAAUUGCAAAGCUUAUUUUUUUGAAAAUCAAUUUUAAUUUAUUUAAGGAAUAUAUAUAAUUUUAAAUGGCUUAUUUAAAAAUCCAGUGGUCUGUCCCAUUUUUUCUUACUUCCUCCAGUUUCUUCUCACAGCUCAGUGUUUCAAAGUGAUACAUACAGUCCUGUUUCACUUUUAUGUUUCUUAAAGUAAAAUAUCAUACACACAGAACUUAGUUUUCUUUGUAUCUACUGCCAAUUCUUUUCAUACUCCUUAAUAGGCAUUUUGCACACAUUUCCACAAGGAUGGCCCUCUCAGUGAUCUUACUGGUUCUGUUUCCUGCCCUGGGUAUGAUCCCUUCUGGGUCCUGCCACUUCUGUCUGGAAUGCUGCACAGCCACCAUCCUGGUACAACUCCGCCUUUCUCCCAAAUGAAAGGUUUUAGCAGCAUGGAGGACGGUGUGAUUAAAUUCACCAGGCCUGGUGUGUGACCCGCCCCUCUUCUGUCUGAACUGGUUGUGCUGCAGUGCACAGUUGUCAUCCCUUUGUUAUCCUGGAGAUUGCCUUUGACUUGUGCCCCCAUCACAUCUGAUUGCAGGAUCCUGUGCUUCCUUCUUUCUCCGUAGGUGAUGCACAUCCUAGCUUUAAGGGAUGGGAGGCAAAGUGCUUUUAGACCUUGGGUGUCAGAAUACUUUUAUUUUACCUUCAGACUUAACCUGGGAAUAAAUUCUAGGUCGGGAAUUGUCAGUUGUCUCUUUCCCAAGUUGCUGUCAAGAAGUUGGAUGACAUUCUGAUUGUGACCUCUGUAAGCUUUACAGGAUCUCUCUGUUCCUGAUGUUUGGAAAGUUUGUAAUAAUUUUACUGGUCAUUCGGUGGACCUUUUAGUCUGGAAACUUGUCUUUCAGUUCUGGGCUAGUUUCUUGUUCAUUCAAUAAACAUUAAGUUCCUGCCUCAUGCU